AUGACUUAGAAUAAUAUAGUUGGAGCUAUAAAAAUUAAGGAUGGUUUAUUCAUUGGAGAUGAAUAUGCAUCAUAAGUUACAUAUUUAUCUAAUAAAGGAUCGAGAAUUCAUAAUUAAUAAUAAAGUAACUCAUAUAAUCAAUUGUUCUGGUACAGAAGUUUAAAACAAAUGGAUUAACAUGAAUAUAAAAUAUCUCACAUUCAAUUGGCUUGAAUAAGAUAAUGAAGUAAAAUAUUCCAUUUAAUAAAAAGGUGUUAUUUGAUGAGAAAAAUGAGAAUGUAAAUAAAAUUUAUGCAUUCAUCGAAGAGUGUUUUCAAUAAGGAGAAAGCACUUUAGUUCAUUCAGUAAGAGGUUAAAGUAGAUCUUGUUGUGUAUUGGCUGCUUAUUUUAUGAAAAAGUUCUUUAAUUUAUAUUAAUAAUAAGGUAUUCAUGGACACUCUACAAAACACUUGAAUACUUAAAUUCUCGAAGACCUGAUCUUGAAAUAAGAGCAUCCUUUUUUUAUUAACUAAAUUCUUUAGAAUCCAGAUUGAAUAAGUUAGGACCUAAAAGAACAGCAUCAUGGAAUGAAUUAACCUAAGAUGAAUUAAAUCCACAAUAACUUUAAGAAGAAUUAAUUAUAAGAAAUACGUUUCUUAAUUCAUAAAAUGGACCUGUUGAUGACAUCUAUACAAAUUUAUAAUCUAAAUUAGUAUAAAUCUAAUAUAUAUUAUUUAGUAAGUCUUAGGAAAAAUUUAUAAUCAAAAAAUUAAAUGGAAAGAUUAAUUAAACAAAGAAAAUAUACUAUUAGCUACCUUAGUCUAUACUGGAUCUCCUGAUUUUAUCUCUACCUCUCAUAUUAGAGUAAAAGAAGACACUGAUUGUUAAUCUAUUUUAAAAGUAAUUUUGUCAUAAUCAUUAGGGAGUAUAAAAAACUACUUUAAAUUAACCUGCAAAAUAACCAUAAAUUUAACAUAGUUUUCCUAAAUGUACUAAUUUCAAUAAGAAUACUACUAAAUAACUUUAAUAAGAUGAUUGUGAAUCAUUUAAAUAAAAUUCAUAAAUGAGUAAUAAUUAAUCAUUUUAAAAUUUACUUAUACAUUGCGCAUAAAAAUAAAAGCAAAAUUCAUUGGAAAAAAAGACUUAACCAAUAUCAUCUGAUUAAAUAUAAAGUCCUUAAUUUAUUAAUUAGCCAAGUGGAGUAAGAAGUACAUCUUUAUAAUAAAAUGAUGAAAAAAAAAAUAAUAUAGAUAUUACAAAUAAUCGUCCAAAUUCUGUUAAAUAAAAAGAUGUAUCACCAUCAAUCUUAAAUAACUUUUAAGAAUUUAAAGAUUAAGUUUAAUAGUCAUUAAAUUAUUUUAAUAAACAAUCCGAAAUUAUUAUAAAUAUAGAUAAAAAUUAAACAAAUACUAAUUAAUUCUAAUAAUCAUAAUAUUAAUAGCCUUAAUAAUAAUAAGUAUCAUAAAGUACUAUUUCAAACUAAUAAAUAGAUUCGAAAUAAUAAUAAUUUUCUUAAUCAAAUUAAUCCUAUUUAGUAUCUUAAUAAAAGACUAAAUUAGAUUAAUUAAUAAGUCCAACAUUUAUUUCAACUAUGAGCUCAACAAAACAUUCAGAAAUUUAAAAAACUUUAACAUAAUCUAUAUCAUAAUUAUAAUCUAGUUAUUAAAAAUUCUAACAAUUACAAAUGAAAAAUUAAAUUAAACCAUCUUAAUCAUCCUCUCAAAUAUAGUAGUAAAAUAUUAAUAAAAAUUCAACAGAACUAAACAAUAUAAAUAUAACUAAUAUAUCUAAAAUUUAAGAUCGAAGUUCUUCUCUUAUCAAAAAAGGUGAAGAAUUAGAUAGUAAAAAUAGACCUAAUAGUGCUGAUAUCAAGGAUCAAUUAAAAAACAAUACUGCAUAAAAAAAAGACAGUUUAUCACCAUUUCAUAAAGAUCCAAUUAAAAAAAUGAAUUAGUAUGGUCCUCCUUUACCUUAAUCUAACUCUCAAAUCUAUCUUAGGAAUGUAUAGUGUAGAAGAUAAGCUGCAUCAACUUUAAGAAACCAAUAAAAACCAAAUAAUUCUUUUUAAGAUAAAUAUUUGAAUCAAAGUGCAAAUUAAGUAUAGAAUAAUAGUAGUUUUAACAAUAAUAGUAAUUCAAAUAUAGAAGCUGAGACAAAAAUACAAUAAAAAGUAGUUUAAGAAUUAGUUUCUGAUGUUAAUCAUUUAAAAAAAAUAAUAUCCCCUUAAAGUUUGACAAAAAGUUAAGCACAAUUUUUAAAAAAUCAACCAAUUAGGGUAUUAUAAGAAUUGACAGAAAAAACUUAAAGCAUAAAAUAGAUGUAUUUUUAUGAAAUCUAAGUUAAUUAGCAAAGGAAAGGAUAGUAUUUAGUCUGUAGGCAUAACUUUAGUGUAAAAACCAUCAACAGUGAAUACUAGAACAUUCUCACCAGCAAUUAAAAGUAUAUAUUUUAUACUAACAAUUUAUUAAGAUGAUUAAAAAUGCAAAAGCAGUCAUGUUUGUAAUCCCUAAAACUUAAGAUAAAAGAUCAGGAAUUCAUCUCCUGGUAACAAUUUAUUUAAUAGUAGGUUUAAAUAAAGAUUAAGAAAGUUCAAGUUCUUUUUCAUAUUCAAAUACAAAUACUACAAUACCAGUUAAGAAUAGUUGGAAAAUGCUAUGA